AUGUCUCUUUCGAAUCCUCUCAACCAGCGCUCCCUGCUGAACGACCCUGCCAACCUUACUCAGGCGGUCGCCGCCCGUCCAGCGGUCGCCGCCCGCUCGGCGUUCGCCGCCCGCUCGGCGUUCGCCGCCCGCUCGGCGUUCGCCGCCCGCUUGGCGUUCGCCGCCCGCUCGAGCAGCCCCCGUCCGGCGGUCGCCGCCCGCUCGGCGGUCGCCGCCCGCUCGGCGUUCGCCGCCCGCUCGGCGUUCGCCGCCCGCUCGAGCAGCCCCCGUCCGGCGGUCGCCGCCCGCUCGGCGUUCGCCGCCCGCUCGAGCAGCCCCCGUCCGGCGGUCGCCGCCCGCUCGGCGUUCGCCGCCCGCUCGGCGUUCGCCGCCCGCUCGGCGUUCGCCGCCCGCUCGGCGUUCGCCGCCCGCUCGGCGUUCGCCGCCCGCUCGAGCAACCCCCGUCCGGCGGUCGCCGCCCGUCCGGCGUUCGCCGCCCGCUCGAGGCGCCCCCAUCCGGCGGUCACCGCCUGCUCGGCGUUCGCCGCCCGCUCGAGGCGCCCCCAUCCGGCGGUCACCGCCCGCUCGGCGGUCGCCGCCCGUUCGGCGGUCGCCGCCCGCUCGGCGGUCGCCGCCCGCUCGAGGCGCUCGCCGCCCGCCCGGCGGUCGCCGCCCGUUCGGCGGUCGCCGCCCGCUCGAGGCGCCCCCGUCCGGCGGUCGCCGCCCGUUCCGCGGUCGCCGCCCGCCCGGCGGUCGCCGCCCGCUCGAGGCGCCCCCGUCCGGUGGUCGCCGCCCGCUCGGCGUUCCUCGCCCGCUCGAGGCGCCCCCGUCCGGCGGUCGCCGCCCGCCCGGCGGUCGCCGCCCGCUCGAGGCGCCCCCGUCCGGUGGUCGCCGCCCGCUCGGCGUUCCUCGCCCGCUCGAGGUGCCCCCGUCCGGCGGUUGCCGCCCGCUCGGUGGUCGCCGCCCGCUCGGCGGUCUCAAUCUGGACUUUGA